GCAACAUGACCAGUGGUCAGAAGAUUUGUUAUCCUGGUUGGUAUGGUGUGAGCUGUACCACACACUGCAACCCAACCAAUGCCUCCUCAUACUUCUGUAAUAUCACAACUGGUGAAAAAAUAUGCAACCCACGAUGGUACGGAAGCAACUGCGCAAUAUUUUGCAAUCCAAAGAAUGAUUCAAAUAGUCAUUAUUCUUGUAACGAAACAACUGGCUCAAAAAAUUGUCACCAGCACUGGUUUGGGAAAUCCUGUACAAAUUACUGUAAAGCCGAAAAUAGUACUGCUGGGCAUUAUUCGUGUGAAAAGACAACUGGUUCUAAAAUAUGUCACAGGAACUGGUUUGGAAUGAACUGUACCAUCUAUUGCAAGCCAAAGAAUGAUUCAUCAGGACAUUACACAUGUGAUAAAGAUUCUGGCUUGAUAGUUUGUCUUUCAGAUUGGUAUGGGAAAAACUGUUUAAAUUAUUGCAAAGCACAGAACGACACAAGCGGUCAUUAUUUUUGUAAUGGGACAAACGGUUCGAAGAUUUGUUACCAGGACUGGUUUGCGGAUAACUGUACGACGUUUUGUAGGGAACAAAAUGGUUCUUCUGGACAUUAUUUCUGUAACCAAAGUACAGGUUUCAACAUUUGUCAUCGUCAUUGGUACGGACGUCAUUGCCAAAUAUAUUGCAAACAACAAAAUGACUCAAGAGGCCAUUUUGUAUGUAACAAAACAACUGGUUUCAAGAUAUGCCAUGCGAACUGGUACGGGGCAAAUUGUGAAAUUUACUGCAAGAGAAAGGACGAUUCAAGUGGACACUACAAGUGCGAUAAGGCCACAGGACGUAAGAUAUGCCUUCAAAAUUGGUUUCGAACGAACUGCACAAGAUAUUGCAAGAAACAGAAUGAUGUAACUGGACAUUAUCACUGUAACCAAACAACAGGUUCUAAGAUUUGCUAUCCAGAAUGGUUUGGAACCAACUGCACGACACAUUGUAAAGAGAAAAACGAUUCUACCGGACGUUAUUCUUGUGAUAAGGCUGAUGGUUCUAAGAUUUGUCAUUCUAAUUGGUUUGGAGCUUACUGUAGAAGAUAUUGCAAGAAACAGAAUGAUAUAACUGGACAUUAUCACUGUAACCAAACAACAGGUUCUAAGAUUUGCUAUCCAGAAUGGUUUGGAACAAACUGCACGACACAUUGUAAAGAGAAAAACGAUUCUACCGGACGUUAUUCUUGUGAUAAGGCUGAUGGUUCUAAGAUUUGUCAUUCUAAUUGGUUUGGAACAAACUGCACAAGAUAUUGCAAGAAACAGAAUGAUGUAACUGGACAUUAUCACUGUAACCAAACAACAGGUUCUAAGAUAUGCUAUCCAGAAUGGUUUGGAACAAACUGCACGACACAUUGUAAAGAGAAAAACGAUUCUACCGGACGUUAUUCUUGUAAUAAGGCUGAUGGUUCUAAGAUUUGUCAUUUUAAUUGGUUUGGAACUAACUGUAGAAGAUAUUGCAAGAAACAGAAUGAUGUAACUGGACAUUAUCACUGUAACCAAACAACAGGUUCUAAGAUUUGCUAUCCAGAAUGGUUUGGAACAAACUGCACGACGCAUUGUAAAGAGAAAAACGAUUCUACCGGACGUUAUUCUUGUGGUAAGGCUGAUGGUUCUAAGAUUUGUCAUCCCAACUGGUAUGGCACUAACUGUAGAAGAUAUUGCAAACCAAGUAAUGAUUCAAAUGGAAGUUACAACUGUAACAAAACAACUGGAUUUAAGAUUUGCCAUUCACAUUGGUUUGGAGAUAACUGUAGGAUAUAUUGUAAAGAAAAUGAUGAAUAUAAUGGCUAUUACUAUUGUAAUCGGACAACUGGCUCAAAAAUAUGUCAGAAGAACUGGUAUGGAAUGCAUUGCAAUUUAUUUUGCAAAGAACAAAAUGAUUCUGACGGUGUUUAUUUUUGCAAUAAGACGACAGGGCAAAAGAUUUGUAAUCCAAACUGGUUUGGACUUAAUUGCACGAAAUACUGUAAGGAGCAGAAUGAUUCGCGUGGACAUUAUUUCUGCAAUGGUAGUACAGGUUCAAAAAUCUGUUAUCAAGAUUGGUUUGGGAUGAACUGCUCGAUAUUUUGCAAAGAAAGGAAUGAUUCGGACGGACAUUAUACAUGUAAUCUGGGAAGUGGUUCAAAGAUUUGUCAUCGACAAUGGUACGGAACUAACUGCACAACGUAUUGUGAACCAAAGAAUUCUACAACGGGACAUUAUUUCUGUAAUAACGAAUCUGGCUCACAGAUAUGUUAUCCAAAUUGGUUUGGCGUCAACUGCACAAAAUAUUGCAAGCAACAAAAUGGCAGCAAUGGACAUUAUUAUUGUAAU